AUGGCCAACGAGGCCGGGCGCAGAGACCCGCGGGAGCGAGCGGGGAAGGGCGCGCCGGGCGCGGGGUCCCGUAAGGAGCACGCCAAGGGAGCACCGGUGAGGGAGCCCCCCCAGCCAGGCUGGGCUCUAGCGCUGGAGAGGCUGGAGGCCAUGAGCCCCACACAGUGCCACCGCCACCUGCUCUUCGGCGACUUGCUUGAAGACGUGGGUGCGGCCUCCUCCAUCUUCCCGCGCGAGUCCGCAGAGCUGGGGUACCGCAUGCCCGACCUGCGGGCCUGGACGCAGUCACCUGAGCUGCCCGCUGCACGCCAGGACCGGCUGCUCGGUGUCCUCAAGGCAGCCGAGGCCCGGGGCCGAGUCCGCGCCUUGCGGCUGCGCUACACGUACAUGCGGGCGGAGGAGAUCUCGCUCCUCAUCCAGCGACAGAAGUCCGCGCGCGCCGCCAUCCGGUUGGAGAUGUUCCUGCCGCCCAAGCUGAAGCCCACUCGGAUCCCGGACCCCCUGAACCGCCAAGAGCGGAGGCGCGUGGAGACCAUCCUGGAGGAGAAAGUCGGUGGUGGCAGUUUCCUGCGUUGA